UAUGGCCGUCACAAGAAAUAAAUAAAAGAACAAAUAAUUAAUAAAAUUCGGCAGAAGUUUUUUAAAAGGUCUCCUUCCCUGAAACUAUUCAAAUUUAAUGCGUUUUAAUUAAUAAGUCAUCACCGAUGAUGAACGGAAUGUUGCCGUCGUUCACGCCGCCGGUGGUCAAGCGUCUCCUCGGCUGGAAAAAAGGCUCGGACGAUGACAAAUGGUGCGAGAAAGCCGUCAAAUCUCUGGUGAAAAAACUGAAAAAAUCCGGCGCCCUGGAAGAACUGGAACGGGCGAUAUCUUCGCAAAAUCACAACACGAAAUGCGUGUCGGUUCCAAGAGUUAGACCAACUACAGACCUCAGCACCAUACAGCAACAAAGAAAAGGCCUACCUCACGUCAUAUAUUGCAAACUAUGGAGAUGGCCCGAACUACAAUCACAUCACGAAUUAAGAGCUCUCGAUCAUUGCGAAUAUGCUUAUUCACUAAAAAAAGAUGAAGUUUGCGUCAAUCCUUAUCACUAUACAAGAAUAGAAAGCCCCGCUCUACCAGCCAUCCUGGUCCCAAGACAAACUUGCGAUGAAAACAACAUAUUUCCUCAUUCCUUGGAAGAUUUGAGCACAUCUGUUCCAGAAAAUACCUCUUUCCCACAUAAUACAAAUUCUUUAGGUAUUAUGCAACAUAAUGGAGGAUACAUGGACUCAGUAGGUAUCAUCCCAAAUGGUACUUCCACUGGCAUGGAAUCCCCCUUGAGCACAGUACCGCCCACAGAAACUCCACCGCCUGGUUAUAUGUCUGAAGAUGGGGAUCCAAUGGACCCUAAUGACAACAUGAGUUUGUCGAGGCUCACACCGAGUCCGCCAGUUGACGCACAACCUGUUAUGUAUUGUGAACCGGCUUUUUGGUGCAGUAUAAGUUAUUAUGAACUCAAUACGCGAGUCGGUGAAACUUUUCAUGCCAGCCAACCCUCCAUUACUGUGGAUGGGUUUACAGAUCCAAGUAAUUCAGAAAGGUUUUGCUUGGGUCUAUUAUCAAACGUAAACAGAAAUACAGUUGUGGAACAAACAAGACGACACAUAGGCAAAGGCGUCCGUUUGUAUUAUAUAGGAGGCGAGGUAUUUGCCGAAUGCUUAAGUGACUCCAGCAUUUUCGUACAGUCUCCGAAUUGUAACCAAAGAUACGGGUGGCAUCCGGCGACAGUGUGUAAAAUACCUCCCGGGUGCAAUUUGAAAAUCUUCAAUAAUCAAGAAUUUGCAGCUUUACUGUCACAAUCUGUCAGUCAGGGAUUCGAGGCCGUGUUUCAACUAACUAGAAUGUGUACAAUCAGGAUGUCGUUUGUGAAAGGUUGGGGUGCUGAAUACAGGCGUCAAACUGUUACAUCCACACCCUGCUGGAUUGAACUUCACCUAAAUGGGCCUCUACAGUGGCUAGACAGGGUGCUAACCCAAAUGGGAUCGCCUAGAUUGCCCUGCAGUUCAAUGUCCUAAGUUCAAAAACAAUUUGUGUGUGAGUGUGUCUUGAUUCUUGAUAAAAAGGCUCUUGGUAUGAAGAAUAUUUCUUGCCAAAUCAGGUAAACUUUUUGUGCUCUGUAAAUGUGAAAGCCUUAUUCGACUUUCUGCCUCUAAUUCUCGUUGAGGGCUUGAAUGUUUGGUUGACAAUAUUGACAUUUAAUCCUUGUACAUUUCUUUUAUGUAUUUUUAUAUUUUAAGCUUCGCUAUUCAUUUGAAAAGUCUAUUCUAGUUAACAGUAACUUAUUGGUAACUAAAAGGGAGUUAUUUUGCUAGUUAGCGACUCUCAGUUCGUUAGGGUGAUAUUUCAUAUUGUCAUUAUUGUGUGAUUGCAAUUUUGUAGUUCAUUAUUGAUAUAGUAUGUUAUAAAAAUAUUUAAUUUUUAUCUUUGAUUGUAAUAUUAUGAGUGUUGUGAUUUUUUUUUUUUAAAUUUGCAGUUUAUUGACAUUUUUAUAUUAUAGCUUUAUAUUCUCAUGUUUUAUGCAGUAUUUUUUACAGGAUCAUAGAAUUUAGAUUGUUGCUACUAGGAAUAUAUUUAAAUUAUUUUUUAAAAGACUUUGAUAUUCUAGAAACACUAGCAAAGACAAAAUUUAUUUAUUUUUUCUAAAGCUUUUUGUUAUUGUUCUUAGUAGUAACAAUUCGUUGUUAAUUAAUUGUUUGCAGCUUUUUUCCUGUGUGUUGUUUGUUGAAAUUGUUUUAUACAAAAUCAUAUUAAGUAUGUGAAAAAAAUUGUACAAAUAUAAAAGUACAUGAUUGGCACAAAGGAAAGUCACGACAUGAUUGGAAAUACUAUAAUAAAUUAUUAUAAGAAUAGUGAUAAAGUAUUUUUUUUUGCUUGAAAAACAAAUAUAUUUGUUCAAUUUUUCAGUGUAAAUGUAGUUUAGGUGCCCUGAUAAAUUCAAUUUUGAAACAUAUGGGGCAUUAUUAUUACUAUUAUUGUAUAAACUUUGGUCACUUUUAUGUGGCAUCUUGUCCUCCUUGGAAAUUUGACAGAAGCUCUGUUCCAACCGAUGUGAGAACCGUUCUAGAACGAUAUAACAGAAAUUGAUUAUCGAAGUUGAUUUUCUUCAACAUUUUCGAAGAAGCUUUAUUAUCCAAUUUCCAAGGGGCACAGGAUGUCAAAUGAAAAUGAAUCAGCAUAAAUAUGUAAAAGUGGUUUGUCAAUAAAAAUUUUAAUUUACUAUGGUGAACCUGGUAUUUCUGCUAUUUCUACAUUGAUUACUUCUGAAAACUGAACAAAUUCUAUUUUCUUUACCUAAUACUUUCAGUACUCAAUGUAGUGAUUUUGUAUUAUUUGGUGCUCUAAAAAAAUAUAAAAAUUUUAUUGGCAAUACUUAUUUUUCAAUUAGUGUAUAGAAGUAGCACUAAACAAAGCAACUACCAAACUAUGUGUAUUUUACUUUUUUUUUAAGUAUAAAUAUAUAGCCAUUGAUUUAUCAAAUCUAAAAGGUGUGUUAUUGCCAGUUCUCACUAAAAUCUUAGGGACCGAACAGCGGCAGAAUUUUUCUA